AUGGGAUGGAGCAAUGUUCUGCAGGUCUCCAGGCAGGCGGAUGGUGGAAUAGUCUGCGGAGUUUCGGCGCGGCGUCCUUGCAGUGAUAUUCGCUGGCACAUAAUCAGCUUUCCAGGAAGAGCAGAUGGAGGAGGAGCGGCUGGCGGGAUCAUCACAAUCUUCUCAUCCAGCGAUGAUAUUAUGUUGGAUGGCGGCCGCUCGCUGAUCUCAUUAUCUGCCCCAGAAGGAGUGAUACUCUGCGGGCCCCGCACUCUACACAUCCCUCCGAGUACCAUAUCUGAUGUAAAUGGGAAUGUGGGAGGAGGAUCGGGGGAGGAUGGGAAUGGGGGAGGAGGAUCCGGGGAGGAUGGGAAUGUGGGAGGAGGAUCCGGGGAGGAUGGAAAUGUGGGAGGAGGAUCCGGGGAGGAUGGAAAUGCGGGAGAAGGAUCCGGGGAGGACGGGAAUGGUGAAUGUUCUCAGACCUGCUACAACAUCUUCAUCAUAGAGACGGUGUGCGUGGCGUGGUUCUCUCUGGAGUUCCUGCUGAGAUUCAUCCAGUCGGAGAGUAAGUGCCAGUUCUUCCGGGGCCCGCUGAACAUCAUCGACGCCUUGGCCAUCCUGCCGUACUACGUCUCGCUGAUCGUGGAGGACGAGCAGAAGUCGGAGGACAAGCCCGGCGGCACCAACUCCUACCUGGAGAAGAUCAGCCUGGUGCUGCGGGUCCUCCGGGCCCUGAGGAUCCUCUACGUCAUGCGGCUGGCCCGGCACUCGCUGGGGCUGCAGACGUUGGGCCUCACCGCCCGGCGCUGCACCCGCGAGUUCGGGCUCCUCCUCCUCUUCCUCUGCGUGGCCGUCACCCUCUUCGCCCCGCUGGUCCACCUGGCCGAGAACGAGAUGGGCCGCUGCCAGGAGUUCACCAGCGUGCCGGCGUCCUACUGGUGGGCCAUCAUCUCCAUGACGACGGUGGGCUACGGCGACAUGGUGCCGCGCAGCGUCCCCGGGCAGGUGGUGGCCCUCAGCAGCAUCCUUAGCGGGAUCCUGAUCAUGGCCUUUCCCGCCACCUCCAUCUUCCACACCUUCUCCCGGUCCUACGCCGAGCUGAGGCGGCACCAGGAGAGGCUGCGGAGCCGGCUGCUGAGGGCGAAGGACGCCAGCCAAUCAGGAGAGAGCGACACCUUCAAUGACACCGACAGCCUGGGCUCCGAGGAGACCUACCAGUACUUCUACAACGACAAGUGACCGCGCCGGG